AUGAUAUCAAAAACUCCACAAAUAUCGAUCCCUGGCCAUGGUACGAUCCAAGGAGUACAGGCGGAAACACAGCCAUCGGUUGCCAAAUUCUUAAAUAUCCCAUAUGCAACAAUUGAUGAGAGAUGGCGCCCGGCAGUCAAAGCGGCCCCAUGGACCGGUAUUCGCGAUUGCUCUACAUUGGGACCUGCAUGUCCUCAACCUUUUUACGAGAAUCCACUUGCAAAUCUCACCAACGAUCCUGCAAUAGCAGCUGCACUUUCCAAUAUCCAGUACUCAGAACGAGACUGCCUUAAUUUGAACAUCUUUACUCCGCUGGAACACCUAUUUAAAGCUCAGACAUUGAUCCCUGUCAUGGUUUGGAUCCAUGGCGGAGGCUUCUCGAGCGGCUCGAAUGCGUUACCUCUCUACGACGGGACCAACUUUGUAGCGCGGUCGAUACGAAUCGGACGGCCAGUGAUCCUUGUCACUAUUAAUUAUCGAUUGAACUAUUUGGGGUUCAUCUCGUCCAAAGAGUUGGUGGAUGAUUUAGACAAUCGUCAUCCAAAUAGAGAUCAGCAACAGCAGCAUCAGCGGCGGCAGCAGCAGGAGGGAUAUAAAGACGACUAUAACUUCAAGAUGAGGAACAGCGUGGGUAACUGGGGACUUUUGGAUCAAAAAAUGGCGCUUGAAUGGGUACGAAAUCAUAUCCAUCUUUUCGGCGGCAACAAUGAGGACGUGACAGCGUUCGGAGAGUCCGCAGGUGCAACCUCGAUUUCAUAUCAUCUUUUGAUCCCAGAACACCAUGGACUCUUUCAGCGCGCAAUCUUACAGUCUGGUGCAACAACAACCAUGGCUGCAGGACGUACUGAAUCCGAGGGACAGAGGUAUUUUGAUCAUCUUUGUCAACACUUCAAGUUGGACGACGAAUCAGUUCAGGAUCCAGUCCUUGGUAAAAGUAGACCCUUGAAUGGAGAAGAAAAACUGGCUCGCUUGAAGUCCAUCCCCGCGACCGAAUUGGUGAAAGCAGGGGAACGUUAUCGAGUAGGUAUGUUUCUUCCAACAAUUGAUUCGAUUCUGAUCCCUACCGAUGUUCGUGAGUUGGUACAUGAUAGUUCGCGAUAUGAUGCUGGCCUCAAAUCAAUAAUGAUUGGGAGCUGUCGAGAUGAUGGACUAACAUUUAUGCCGGUCCUGGGCGCUAAGUCACUAAAACGAUGGGACAAGUUUAUGAACCGAUUUUGUCCGCCAACAGAUGUGGAUCGUCAACAGUUUCAAAGUAUUUACGGAGGGCCACCUCAGUCGGAUAAAGAAGCGAGGAGGAUAUCAGCUGAAGUCUUGACGGAUGCAAUCUUCUUGUAUCCGAACUAUGCCACCAGCAUGGCCAUUAUGAAGGCAAAGGAUAAAAUGAUGGUUAUGAAGAGAAAGAACCAACAACAACAGCAACAACAAGCAGGAUUAUUGCCGCCGACUGAGAUGGUCCGAUUCCAUUUCGACCGCCCUCUGAAAAUGUUGGAUGAGAUGGGGCUCCGUUUUUUGGGGGCUUAUCAUGGCUCUGAGCUACCGUACGUGUUUGGAUCAGAUUCUGCACUACUAAUGCUAUCGCCAGAGGAAAAGGCGUUUUCAGACCGCAUCAUGGAUUUGUGGAUCUUAUUCGCAUGGGGAGAAACUAGUCGGCGGUAUGGUCUUAUGAAUGGAAUGAACUCCUUGUUCCCUAAAGAUACGCCCUCUAGCGUGGUUGAUAACAAUGUUGGCAUGAAUGACAGUAGUAUCAAUAGCAGUGAUAUUAGUACUAUGAACGGUGGGGGUUUGUGGCAAGAAGCUGUUGUAUUCACGGAAGCAUGCACAAUAGAGCGGGGACGGACAGAAACGUUGGAUCAUAGAAAGAUUGCUUUUUGGGAGCGGUACGAACAGUUAACUCGACAAAGGUAUGCAGCAAAACAUGCUGCCUAUCACAACAAAAAAGUAAACACCAAGCUCUAG